AUGAAGAAAAUCAAACCGAUCGAGAUCGUGGAUGUUUUUCUACUUCACGAGAGAUACUUCGCGAUAGGUGGUGUUUGGCCAUUCAGAAAAAGUUACAUUAAAUUUGCAAUAUAUAUCGUUUAUUGUUCAAUACAAAUCACAUUAGCAUAUAUCGAUUUGUAUAAAGUGAUAGGUGACCUUCAUCUUAUGGUUGAGAAUCUUUUGGAAACUUUAGUAUCGAGUUUGUCGUUAUUAAUGAUAAUAAUUAUUCGUUUUCAUCCAACAUUGGUAAAACUGAUCGUCACUAUAAAGAAUGAAAUCGGCAAUGAUGGUGGAUAUUUCGAAAAUAAAGAAGAACGUUCACUUUAUUACCACUACAAUCACAUAUCGAAUACAUUGUCAAAAAUCGCAUCGACAACUUCGUUGUUCACUAUAACGGCGAUGUAUCUUAAACCAUUGCCAAAUCUUCUUCAUUCGUUACUACAUCCUACGGCGAUCAAUCUUGCUGCUGCUGCUGCAACAAAAAAUACUACCAACAAUAUGGAUAUAUUUCCUUUACCAUUCAAAGGAGUAAAAUUGUAUCAUAUCACAAACGUUCAUACGUAUACACUUUUAUAUAUAUUUCAACUGCCGUAUCUAUAUUGUGGAUUUUGUCACACAAUAACAACGUGCGUUAUACUGACCUUAGUUCUUCACAUUUGUGGUAAAUUAUCAAUAAUGAGACAUCGUGUUCGUAUGUUUGAAAUGAAACCGAUAGAUCAAUUGAAUGACGCGAUUCGCCGCCAUGUUCGAUCGCAUAUACAACUUAUUUGGAUGGUGCAAUCUAUAGAAAAAAUUUUCAACAUUGUAAUACUUCUAGAUCUCGUACAAAAUAGCAUAAGAUUGGGUCUGUCAUCCUACGUUACUCUCGUGAGCAAAGAUAAUAAAUCUGAAUUUGUUGUCAUGUGCACGUUCGCGUCUUACGCAGCAGUAGUAUUUUUAUUGAUAUUCGAGUAUUGUUUUAUAGGAGAAUAUUUAAUGCAAGAGAGCAAGCAAUUAGCCGAGACGUAUUAUCACUGUAAUUGGGAAGAAAUGCCACGAAAUUGCAAAACUUCGUUGUUAAUUUGCAUAAUUUGUUCGCAAUCGUAUCUCAGCUUGACCGCUGGCAAAUUUUAUACAUUUUCAUUAUAUGGUUUCACUGGUAUUGUAAAAACUUCGAUGGCCUAUUUAUCAAUGUUACGUACUAUCGUAUGACGUAAGAAAAAGAAAGAUAAUCUUUGGCAA